AUGUACAUGUUGCGUCAGGAGGAGGCCGAGGUGCCCGACGUGGACGCUACUGUCGCCAUACGAGGAGCCGCAGGCGUCACCGCGCUCCUCCUCCUGCACCUCGCCAGCCGCCAUCGGCGCUGCUUCUGGGUCGCCGCCGCCGCACUCGUGGCGACCGCUCUAUCCCGCCUCACCGUGAUCCACCGCCGAUCGCCUCGCAUCGUCCUCGCCGAGAAUUACGCAAUAAACAUGAAUACCACGCAGCAGUCCGUGCACGGUGCCGCCAUCGUCGCUGCGAUCCUACUAUGCGGUCUCCUCUGCCGCCGCAUCGCAUCAAACGCCGCCGGCCGGGCGGCUCUGACGCUCGGCGUGGUGUGCGCCAUCGGCGUCUGGUUGGCGCAGGAGCCGGUGGCGGAGCUGAUCGCGGCCCGACCCGACGCGCCGCCGGCCGCCGACGCGAGUAGCGGCGUGCUGAGCCGCGUCGUUGCACGGCUGGUCGCGCUGCCGGAGAUCGAACUCGAGACGGCGCUCGAGUCGGCGAUCGGCCACAUCCGCUCCUCCGCCGCGGCGCUGGCCGCGGCCUCCCCCGCCUCUGGCGUGCUCUCGGCCUCCCGGGACGAGGCGGAGCAGGAGGAGGAGGAGGUGGAGCACGAUGAGCUGCGGCGCCGGAGGCGGAGCUUGUAG